AUGGUAGCCGUGGGUGAACCUAUCCCAGAGCUGGCUGAGCCGCAGCUGGACAGCUCUGUCCCGGAAUCCAGGGUUCUGAUCAUAAUGACUGGAGGAACCAUUUGCAUGCGACAAUCAUCAUCGGGCUUCGUACCGGCUAGGGGAUUCCAAGAACACUGUUUGGCUCGAGUACCUACUUUCAACGAUGGCUCCCGCCCAACGACGAUGGACGUUGUCGUAGAUGCAGCGGGACAAAUCAAAGAACACCCAAGCUUACGGACCCCACAGACUGCGUACGGUCGACGGGUUAGGUACACGGUCUUUGAAUUUGAUGAGCUUCUGGACAGCAGCUCUAUCGAUGCUAAAGGCUGGGCUGAGAUUGCAGAAACAGUGAAGCUAAAUUACACAUUGUUCGAUGGAUUCGUUGUACUCCACGGCACGGACAGUUUGGCAUAUACCUGCUCAGCGCUCAGCUUCAUGCUACAAAGCCUUGGAAAGCCAGUGAUUCUUACAGGAUCACAAGCUCCGAUGCUAGAGUUGCAGAAUGACGCCACAGAUAAUCUUCUCGGGUCGUUGGUUGUAGCUAGCCACUUCAUGAUCCCGGAAGUCUGCUUAUAUUUUAACAACCGACUCUUCCGUGGCAACCGAGCGAUUAAAGUAUCGGCUAGUGACUUUGCUGCGUUUGAUUCCCCGAAUUGCCCACCUCUAGCGGUGACAACCUCCAUGCGCACCAACGUGAACUGGGAGCUUGUGAACCGGCCAAAUAACAUCCAGCAUUUCAACAUCCAAACCAAUCUGGAUACCAGUCAUGUCGCAUGUCUCCGCAUAUUUCCCGGUAUCAAACCGGAGAUGGUUGACGCAGUGUUGAGGUUAGAAGGACUCCGUGGCUUGGUGCUGGAAACAUUUGGCGCUGGAAAUGCUCCCCACGGACAGGACAAUGCCAUGACCAAGGUAUUUGCCGACGCAAUCCAGCGAGGAAUUGUCAUCGUCAAUGUUACCCAAUGUUUAACCGGCAGCGUUAGCCCGGUCUAUGCCACGGGCAGGAGUCUGUCGCAGGCCGGGGUCGUCGCAGGACUUGAUAUGACAACAGAAGCUGCGCUGACCAAGUUGGCAUACCUCCUUGCUCUCCCGGAUUCGACGCCCGAGACCGUAGCAAAACAUAUGUCCAAGUCGCUUCGCGGAGAGCUAAACGAAGUACAGCAACCGGUGUUCCGCCAUCCCGACGGCGCUCUUCCGGAGCGGGUACAAGCACUCACCGUUCUGGGAUAUGCCAUUGCAAAAGGGGACUUGGAGCGCGUGCAGGAUAUCAUGAAGGUGGAGCAUCAUUGGAUACUGAAUGAUGCCGACUAUUCCGGCAACACUCCGAUCCACCUUGCCGCAUCUUCUCCAUCACUCCCCAUUCUCCGUUGCCUGCUACUGGAAGGUGGCUCGGUGCACAUUCGAAACCGCAGCGGCCGCACACCGUUAUUCCUCGCCGCUAAUGCCAAUUUAUCGGAGCACGUUAUGCUGCUGCGGAAGUCAGGGGCCCAUUUGCAUUCCGAUGAGCGGGCCGCGGCGACGUUGCUUGCGCGACGCAGGCCAGGAAUCUGGGGCUUGGCUGGGAUUGGACCGAGGGAGAUCAGCGACAGGGAGAUGGAAGAAGCGGGAGAGACUCCAGCACAACGGGCGAUGGCGGGGUCGGCUCCAUGA